UGGGUUAUUUACACAGCUAUGGGGAGGGGUCUGCUGAUCUAUUGGUUGCAGCGGCAGAGAUCAUUCACCAGGGAAUAAGUCAGGGGUGGAGGGACAAAAAAGGCAUAAAAAAACCUCAAAAAGUUCACGUGCAACCCAUCUGACCUAACCACAUACGAAUGCAGCAGUGCUAAGAGUUAAGCAGGCAGUUUUCUCUCUCUUUUCUUUCCCCGAAAGAUGAAAAAAAAAGCAGCUUCCUACGUGCUAAGCUGUCUAAGGAAGCAUUUCCUGGCUUUGUAGCGGACUAGGCAGGAGCAGAGGGACAACUUGUUGCUUUUCAGUGGAAGUUGAUAAUCUGCUACAGUGUUGACAGUCAGAGUAGAUUGUUUGAUAGUACAGCUGGCUUGAAAUCAAACAGGAAGCAGGACUGAGGGACCUGGUGCCAGCUGUGCCCUUCAAUCUUUCUGGGAGACGUUUCCACACAUGCUGGUGAAGGAACGCUCUGCAGAAAUGGCUUUUAAUAAAAGCUCUGCUGAAUACAAAGAUGCGUUCACCAAUAUGAGUACAAGCCAAGCCACUGAGGGAGUCAUUGUUGAUGACUCGGAUGAUGGAUUCUUUAAGGCCAUAAUUGGUGCUGUAAUUGCUGCAGUGGUCCUGGUCUUCAUCUGCCUGUUUGUGGUAAUCCUCCGCUACAUGUACAGGUAUAAGGGCACCUACCACACCAACGAGGCCAAGGGCACUGAGUUCGCCGAGACGGCUGAUGUUGCCCUCCGGAGCGACCCGGCUUUGCAGGACUCCAUGGAUGAGAGCAAGAAGGAAUACUUCAUAUGAUACAGCACCCAACGCCCUUCCAUUUAGAACCUGAAUUUGAAGCCAACUAGGUGCAUCCAGUUAGUCACGGCAGAUGGGAGACUGCACAAAAUGAUUUUUAUGCUGUCCUGGUGCCAUUUCUUCCCAUCUUUUCACCUGGCUGGGUUCACCUAUACAUGCCUGUAUCCCUGCAGUAUUACAUGCUGACCUUCAGACCAUAUUUUGUGUAACGGGCAGGUGGUAGGAAAAGGCCAUCAGGCGUUAGAAAAGAAUUGAACACCAGCAGGUGCCGAAUCAGUUAACCCAAACGCAAAGAGAGGAAUGCAUGCAUUUGACAUGAAUCAGCCAUACGGGUGUGAAGAGCAUUGCACCGAAGCCAAAGCAUGAAAUGACUGUCAAAUAGCACCGCGGGAAGCAAGAGCAUGAAAGAAAGCCAAAGAGAAGAAGUCACUGCACACUAGCAGUGCGUCAGAAAGAACUUGAUGUCUUUCAUAUGCAAAUAAGAUGAAGCCUUAAAGUCUUUUUUGUUGUUUAUUGCUUACAGGAUAUUGAACGUUGUCUCACCAUGUAUUAAACCACAAAUAAGAGUUCAUAAGUAAGUGAACCGUGAUAGCAUUUGUGUUCAUUUGUAUCUAUACGCCAGCACACUGGAUUUGAAAUGAAACAAUAAUGAUGAGGUUAAGUAAAAGAAGUUGAGGCUUAUUACCUUCAAUAUUCAAAUAUAAUUACAUAUACUAAUUACAUUAUUACAUAUCUAAUUUGAAAUCAAAACUGUAUGGCAGAUACCUUUGCUCUCUUCCAAGGGUGUUUUUCAUACAAACCACUGUUAAUGAUGAAAUUUAUGCAUCUGGGCACAUCCUAUCUGGGUGAAGUGGGUGGGGAGGGGCAGGGCUUAUGCUAUGCUUAAAAUAACUUCUUCUUUCCUAACAUCACUUACUAAUUCUAACUGCUUUCAAGCUUUUUUAAGAUUAUUUUGUAAGUUACCACAGCAGGCAUUGAAAAAGAUCUAUUUAACCUCAUCCCAGGCUUAUUACAUACUAAAGCUUAUUAUUCAGUAACUACAGGGAUUCAGUGCAAACUGACUGAGCUAUUCUUACGUUACAGAAGUGUGUAAUAAAACUUUGGCCCCGCCAGCAAGGGGUUAAAGCUACAUUAUGUAAGUUUUGUAAGAUUUGGAGGCCUCUCUGGUGGAAAUGUGUAAUUGCACGCAAUGCGCAGAAGAACAUUUAGUAGCAUGGGUUGUGCUUUGGAUCCCUUCCUUGAGUGGAUGAAUCUGAUGACUGAAAGAGAAUUCAAAGCAAACUCAGUCAAAACUUGCUGAAAGAUGUGUCUUCUGAGGAUGUGAGUGAAUUAUCUACUAUUGCCUUGGUCCUUAACAAUGUAAAAAAGUAGUUCAUUUUGACAUAUCUAAUGUUUGGAUGCUGUUUCUCAGCCUCAUGAUGGUCUUGUUGAGAGAUAACAGCAGCAGAUUCAAAAGCCACAUUUACAAUAACCACUAGACCUUUUGUUAACUCUAUUGUGCAUAAACUGAUGAUGCAACGAAACCCAACGGACCACGAAACAACUGAGCAGCCAGCUGUCCAAUGACUUAUGGUCUCCAAAAAUGGGCUUCCAUUCCUAAACACUUCACCCAGUGUAAUGUACAAGCCCAUGCAUUAAAGUUGACAAUUUAUACUUCAGCUCAAUUCCUUCAACAGUCAUUGUUUCAUUUCAAAUAUAAUUCAAUGUGCAGGAAUACAGUGUCAAAAAUGUAUCUUACUUAUUAAUUACUUAUAGAUUGCACUGCAUAUAACAAGACAGUAUAUUAAAGGCAUAAAACUGGAGAUUAUUCAACAUAUACAGUAUUCAGUAAUGGUAAUCGCACUGACAAUCAAAACAGCCAAAGUCAAAAUAUUGCCAGAGGAGCUUUCAUGUUUAUUUCAGGUAUGUUAUUCCUCUUCACUAGAUAAGCUUCAAAUAACUACUAAGGAACUACAAGAAACCAUUAGUUACCCUAUUAACAGUGCUUUAUUACUUUGUCAUCUGUUGUAAGAUUUGAACAUAACUUUGUCCAUUUGUGCCCUUAAGCAAUGAAAAUAUCCUGUGUGGUGCUCAGAUUGAUGAUGUACCUGAGCUAGAAUGAAACAAUCAGUAGACAAGUGUGAAAACACCACUGGAAAGUCUUGAUAGUGGAGGUGAAAACUGUGAUUAUGGUUCCCACCAACAACAUACAGUUGACGUACCUGUGUUGUGCCCAGAAAUACGUUCUUUUGUAUGUGUUGUGAGGUUGGACAAGUUUUGCAGAAUGAUGGCAAAAUCCUACUUAAUUUAAUGAGAAAAAGUCAAAAUACAUAAAUUUUGUGUGUUAUGUGGAUGUGGGUUUUUAAUUUCUUGCCAAAUAAUUGAACUGAUAUUAGAAUGGUGUCAAAUACAUGAUCAUUUGCAACCUGCCUACUUUCAAAUAGCUACAACAACAUGUGCAGCUCGGUAUAGCAUUUUUAAGCAAAGGGGUCCAACAUGGUUAACUUAUAUAACAUAUUAUGACAAAAAUGGAGUUGUCCUUCUAGGCCUCAGGAGAAGGCCCAACGAUUUCUGUAAACUAAAAAAUACUCUGCAAGUAUUGUAGUUCCACUCACAAUUAAGUUUAGUUUGAAAUGAAAAGGAUUUUGAAACACCCAACAGAAAAUGAUUGUUUUCUCUGUGGUAUCUAGGUAGAUACAGUCAAGCAUGCUAUCUCAUUGGUUGGGACUUCAGGAGCUAAAUAGAAAGCCUCACACAUUAGAUUAACUACCAGUAUAAUUAGAAAGUGACAUAGGAACUAACCAUGCUUUGAUUUACACUGGACCAAUUUUGAAAGAAAAACAUCAAACCAGACCUUCUAGAUCCGUUACUGACUAUGAAGUCGAGCCAUAAUCUAAGCAGGUUUUGGGUAGUUGUUAGGAAUGGAAAAUGGCGGGAGCAGCUUUAUGCCAGGACUCUUUACAGAAAGAGUCACUAUAAAACUGAUACAUACAAGCUCAAAUAUAUGUUAUUAUCUGUUACAGUCUUCAAAUAAAGCACAUGCAAUGCUU